AUGGACGCGGCGCUGCUCCACAGCCUGCUGGAGGCCAACUGCAGCCUGGCGCUGGCCGAAGAGCUGCUCUCGGACGGCUGGGCGCUGGCCCUGGACCCCGAGGGUCCCUACUCCUACUGCAACGUGACCUUGGACCAGAUCGGGACGUGCUGGCCCCGGAGCGCGGCCGGAGCCCUGGUGGAGAGGCCGUGCCCCGAGUACUUCAACGGCGUCAAGUACAACAGCAGCAGAAGCGCCUACCGUGAGUGCUUGGAGAACGGCACGUGGGCCUCCCGGAUCAACUACUCACAGUGCGUGCCCAUUCUGGAUGACAAGAGGAAGUACGACCUGCACUACCACGUCGCCCUCAUCAUCAACUACCUGGGCCACUGCGUUUCGGUGGUCGCCCUUGUGGCCGCCUUCCUGCUUUUCCUGGCCCUUCGGAGCAUUCGCUGUCUGCGGAAUGUGAUUCACUGGAACCUCAUCACCACGUUUAUCCUGAGAAAUGUCAUGUGGUUCCUGCUACAGCUCAUCGACCACGAAGUCCACGAAAGCAAUGAGGUCUGGUGCCGCUGCAUCACCGCCGUCUUCAACUACUUCGUGGUGACUAACUUCUUCUGGAUGUUCGUAGAGGGCUGCUACCUGCACACGGCCAUCGUCAUGACCUACUCCACCGAGCGCCUGCGGAAGUGGCUCUUCCUCUUCAUCGGAUGGUGCAUCCCCUGCCCGAUCAUCAUCGCCUGGGCCAUUGGCAAACUCUACUAUGAGAAUGAACAGUGCUGGUUUGGGAAGGAGCCUGGAGACCUCGUGGACUACGUCUACCAAGGCCCCAUCAUCCUCGUGCUGCUGAUCAAUUUUGUAUUUCUGUUCAACAUCGUCAGGAUCCUGAUGACAAAAUUACGAGCAUCCACCACAUCAGAGACGAUUCAGUACAGGAAGGCGGUGAAGGCCACCCUCGUCCUCCUGCCCCUCCUGGGCAUCACCUACAUGCUCUUCUUCGUCAACCCCGGGGAGGACGACCUGUCACAGAUCGUGUUCAUCUACUUCAACUCCUUCCUGCAGUCAUUCCAGGGCUUCUUCGUGUCUGUCUUCUACUGCUUCUUAAAUGGAGAGGUGCGCUCAGCCAUGAAGAAGAGGUGGCACCGUUGGCAGGACCAUCACUCCCUCCGAGUCCCUGUGGCCCGAGCCAUGUCCAUCCCCACGUCGCCCACACGGAUCAGCUUCCACAGCAUCAAGCAGACGGCCGCUGUGUGA